AUGGCGAGGAGGGCCUUGGCGUAUCUGGUGGCAGCAAAAAGAGAAUCAAAUCUUUUCUUCAAAGUCGCCAUAUCGCCCAUAGGCCAGCAGCUUUCCUCUUGGUGGCAAAACACCACGUGCUCCAGCACUGCCCGCGGGAUUUCUGAGCAGCAGCAGCAGCAGCAGCAGCAGCAGCAGCAGCAGCAGCAGCAGAAGCGGCAGCAAGGGGCGCAGCACGCGGCGCGGCAGGGAUGCAGCAGCAGUGGGCGCAGCGGUAGUAGCAAGAGCGGCAGCGAUAGCAGCAGCAGCAACAGCAACAGCAGCAGCAGCAGCAACAGCAGCAACAGCAGCAGCAGCAGCAGCAGCAGCAGCAAGUUACCCAGCAGCGCCCCCCUGCAGCAGCAGCAGCAGCUCUUUUGUUUGAAGCAGCAGCAGCAGCAGCCAGUGGAUCCGCAGCAGCUGCAGCAACUAGAGCAGCAGCAGCCUGCCACAGCCACAGCAGCAGCCACAGCCACAGCAGCAGCCACAGUCCCAGCAGCAGCAGCAGCAGCCACAGCAGCAGCCAAGCAACCACACAGCAGCAGCAGCAGCAGCAGCAGCAGCCACAGCAGCAGCCAAGCAACCACACAGCAGCAGCAGCAGCAGCAGCAGCAGCCACAGCAGCAGCCACGCAACCACACAGCAGCAGCAGCAGCAGCAGCAGCAGCAGCAGCAGGAGCAGCAGGAGUACCUUGA